AUGGAAUCAGGCCCUUGUGUCGCGCAACCGGACAACAACAGCACAGAAAUCAAUCCGUGGAGCUUCAACAACCACGUCAAUAUACUGUAUAUUGAUCAGCCAAACUUUGUGGGCUUCUCCUACGACGUGAUCGAAGAUGGCCUGGUCGAAAUUGUGACGGGGAAUGUAUAUCCGGAAGCUGGGCCCGGAAACGCAACAUCCUGGCCAGGAAAAUUCGGCAGUCAAGACGUCGCAAGAACCGCACUGACAGCCAGAAUGCCGCCAAAAUAUUUCCACCGAUUGCCACUCAACAUUCUCUCAACACAGCGGGCUAAUUUGGUUUUGAAGUAUGCAGGGUAUUUCACCACAACAGUGUUUGCCUUCUUCCAACGUCAAAACGUGAAACUUGCGGCGGGAAAUCUUGAUAAGAAGAAAUACCAUCACCUCAAACUCGACACACUCGGUAUUACCAACGGAUGCGUGGAUCUCGCCAUUCAAGCCCGUUCAUACCCCGAAAUUGCCUACAAUAACACAUACAAUGUCUCUUUCAUUCCGAAAGUCAUUUACGAGGAGGCAAUGCUCAAUUUUACCAAGACGGGGGGGUGUCUAGACCAGAUCGCGCAGUGUCGGACGUUGUGCAACGAAUUCGACCCUGAUUACACUGGCGGGAAUGAGACCGUGACUGAAAUUUGCGCUUUGGGUACACAAUGGUGUGCGACAUAUGUGGAAGGAGCAUACCUGGCCACAGGAAGGAGCUCUUUUGAUCUGUCGCACUUGGUUGCAGACCCUUGGCCUCCAGCCUAUCCAGAUGCUUUCUUCAAUCAGCCUUGGGUGCGAGAGGAUCUCGGUGUACCUCUCAAUUUUACGCCUAGCUCCAACCUUGUCACCGAAACUCUCUUUUCGACGGGUGAUCCGAUCAAACAAAACAUAUCAGAUCUGGACUACAUCUUGAGCAGCGGAAUAAAGGUUGCGCUGGUUCAUGGCGACGGAGACUAUGUUUGCAACAGGAUUGGUGGAGAAGCACUCGCUCUAGCGGCCGAGUACAACGAUUCAGCACGAUUUCGCUCCUCGGGAUACGAAACCAUCACCACCAACUCAAGUUAUAUGGGCGGUGUCGUCCGGCAAGCUGGUACCCUGUCGUUCUCACGCGUCUUCCAGGGUGGUCAUUCAGUCUCCUCAUACCAGCCGGAAACCGUGUACCGAAUAUUCAUGGGCACCAUGUUUGGCCUCGAUGUUGCUACGGGCAAAGUCAAUGUCCUCUCAGCGAUUCACAUCAAGAUAGGAACCUAG